GUGCUCUACCGCCGCCACUGCUGCCCUUUGAUCCUUGCAUUAGUGUUAGGGGCUCGAAGACACACAGGGAGCAGCCAUAGACACGGCGGCAGCGGCAGCAGCCCAGCUCAUCACCAUGAUGUAGCCCUUCCAUGCACAACACACACGUAUAGAUCUGAUCCUUUCCCCAUUGAAGAAUAUUUAUUACGGCUGGGGGAGGGAGGUGAAAGGGAGGACAAGCCAGGUGCAACGACCGAGCUCCCUGACUCCAGGAACCAACAAGCGCUGCACUCAUCACCGUGCACAUAGUCCGCUGUCAUCUGGCUUCGGAUCACCCGGCGAAGAGGAGAAUGUGAUCGGCUUGGGAAGGGACCCCCACCUCCUCCUCCCCCCAGAUCUCUUUAUAUGUUAAAAGGAGAGGACAGGGGAGAAAAUGCCCAGGAGGAAGCAGGAGCAGCCCAAGCGCCUGCCUUCACAUGGAAGUAGGCAAGAAGAGGUGGAAGGAGAGGCCAGUGAAGAAGAAAACUGGUUUGGAACAAAUUCAGAAACUCCAUCUGAAGCUUCUUAUGGAGAUGUUCAAGAUACUUUUAAGUUGUCCCCUGACCACAGAGGGCAAGAAUCUCCAACUUCCCCUGACACUUCUCUUGGAAGUGCAACUCCAAGCUUGAACACAGAUCUGGGGAUUCUUGAGAAUGAACUAUUCAAGGAUUCUCCUCAUUGUAAGGAGCACUUGUCAACUUCUAUGUCCUCACUGGAUGAGGAUGAGCAUGUUGGCACAAAUAAGCCAUUAAGCAGUAAUCUUCGACGUCUCUUAGAGGCAGGGACUGCGCAACUGGUAACGGAUGCUGCUACAAAUGGUCGGGAAGAGUCUCCACUUAAUGCUCCCUCAAGUCUUCAGUUUUCUCCUUCUUCCCAUCAUGCAAAGCAGUUGAGUGUACUUGCCAAGAAGCUGGCUGAAAAGCAAGAACAGAAUGAUCAAUAUGGAGGAAUAUCAACUAACCGGUUUAUUUGGAACCAGGAUCAAUGGUUGCAGAAUUCAGCUAACACCUGUGGCUUGUCACCUGACUCCGCCAUCCUCAAACUAAAAGCGGCUGCUAAUGCUGUUUUACAAGACCAAUCCCAGCUGAGGUCAGAAGAAACAUUGAGGUUUGAAUCGUUUACUUCACCCUUCAGUUCACAAUCAGCCAGUUCAACCUUAGCAGCUCUGUCAAAGAAGGUUAGUGAAAGAGGCAUGAGCUCUGGUCAGGAACGUCUUUCCCCAGCUGGACCGUUUCUGUCUCUUGCUUCCAUGACCUCCUCUGCUGCCCUCCUUAAGGAAGUGGCAGCUCGAGCCGCAGGCAGUAUGCUGGCUGAGAAAAAAAAGCCCCACAUUUCGGAGGAUCCUUUGCCACCACCUCCUGAAGAGAAGCAAGAAAAGGGAACACCAACACAGUCGUUGGAACUCUUAUUACUUCCUUCACCCAAAGGAAGAUCUUCAAAAACGGGAAUCCAAGCUCCAGAAGAAGAAGGAGGGAAACCUUUUCAGUGUCCCAUUUGUGGACUGGUAAUAAAAAGGAAGAGCUACUGGAAAAGGCACAUGGUGAUUCACACAGGUUUAAAAAGCCAUCAAUGUCCGCUAUGUCCAUUUCGCUGUGCCCGCAAGGACAAUCUUAAAUCGCACAUGAAGGUCCACCAGCACCAGGACAGAGGAGAGACCUUUCAGUGUCAACUUUGCCCUUUCACCUCUUCCCGUCAUUUUAGCCUGAAACUGCAUAUGCGCUGCCAUCAGCAUUUCUUGCGAUCAGAGGCCAAGGUGAAGCAGGAACCUAGCGAUAUGGAUGUUAAAGAACCCAGUUUUAAUAAUUCUUUGGGAAGCCGGGAUGAGAAGAACAUUUCACCUGCACAUGGAACGCUAAUUCCAGAGAACUUGAACCAGAUUAACUCUGUACCUGUUUGUUCACUACCUAUCAAAGAGGAACCUAAGGAUGAGGACUGUCCCUCUGUGAUCCCGUUUGCCGAUAGGCCUAACAGAAACAGCAGCAUGAAGCUAAAAGACCCUUUGGAUUUUGUUACUUGCCCUUCAUCCCUUUUCAGCCAAGAUAUCUCUGUGAAGAUGGCAUCCGAUUUUCUUAUGAAGUUAUCAGCUGCAAACCAGAAGGAGCCCCUGACCCUUUCCGUUAAAGUAAAAGAAGAACCUAAUGAUGAAGAAGCCACCAGCUACCUGUCCCCACAGUGUGGAUACUCUUUUAAUCAGGAAUCGGAGACAAAAGUCUCCAACACCACCGAUGGAGACAGCAAAUCAAAGGCAGUUCAGCCAAAUCCACUAACACAGGAUAUUUCAGUCAAGGCAGCAUCCGAGCUUCUAAUGAAACUUUCAGCUGAAAGUUGUAAGGAUGCGCAGACUGUUAAGAUUAAAGAAGAACCCAUGGAGGUUGACAUCCCUGACUCUUCCAUCUCCCCCAGACAAAACAUUGGUUACAGCACUUUAUUAAGGCAAGAAAAAAAUGAGCACUUGAUGAAGAUGCCGGAGUGUAGAGUUAUUCCCGAGGGGAACCUGUUCAGCCAAGACAUAUCUGUCAAGAUGGCUUCAGAACUUCUCUUUAAAUUAUCAGAAAAAGUAAGCAAAGAACACAAUCACAACAAGUCAAAUAUCAUUCGAACAACUAGCCCCUUUUUUUCAGAAGAAAAAUUUAGACAAUCACCGUUCACCUCUAACUCGAAAGACCUCCCAAAAGUGGAAGCUGCUUCUCAAGGAAGGACCAUGCUGCAAGAUUCUGAAGCUCUUGGACUGGAUGCGAGUGCCGGGCUAGCAGCUUGGAAACUGAACGAGCAGCUCUUUCCUUGCGAUGUUUGUGGGAAAGUGUUCGGUCGUCAGCAGACCUUAUCUCGGCAUCUCUUGCUGCACACAGAAGAAAGAAAAUACAAAUGCCACUUGUGCCCCUAUGCUGCAAAGUGCCGUGCUAACUUGAAUCAACACCUAACAGUCCAUGCGGUGAAACUGGUCAGUACGGACACCGAAGAUAUUGUCAGUGCGGUUAUUGCAGAUACCAGCGACAAAAAGAAGAGCCUCUAUUAUUACAGCUGCCAUGUCUGCGGAUUUGAGACUGAGCUGAAUGUCCACUUUGUGAGUCACAUGUCCCUCCAUGUGGACAAGGAACAAUGGAUGUAUUCCAUCUGCUGCAGUGCCUGCGACUUUGUCACCAUGGAGGAAUCUGACAUGAGAACUCACCUCCACACCAAGCACUCAGGAGAUGACCGGAAGACCCCCAGUGAAUCGAUAAGCCCCUCUUCUUCCUCAUUAUCCGCACUUAGUGACUCCACCAACAGCAAAGAAGAUUCAGACACCCCUCUGAGAAACCAGACUUCAAACAACUUGUUGGUCAUUUCUUUAGUGCCUGGAGCCCAGUCCUAUGUCAGCACUGAAGAGAAGCCUGAGAAAGGUUUUGAGUGUGUUUUCUGCAAUUUUGUCUGCAAAACAAAAACAAUGUUUGAAAGACACCUGCAGAUCCACCUAAUCACACGGAUGUACGAGUGUGAUGUGUGCCAUAAGUUCAUGAAGACACCGGAGCAGCUGGUAGAACAUAAGAAAUGCCACACAGUCCCUACCGGUGGGCUCAAGUGCCCGUUCUGCAUUUACUCCACAAACCGUCCUGCAGCCAUGGAGUGUCACUUGAAGACGCACUACAAGAUGGAGUACAAGUGUCGAAUCUGCAAGGUGGUAAAGGCGAACCAGCUGGAGCUGGAAGUACACAUCCGCGAGCAUCGGCUCGGGAACCAUUACAAAUGCGACCAGUGCGGCUACCUCUCAAAGACGGCUAACAAGCUGAUUGAGCAUGUGCGUGUCCACACAGGAGAGCGCCCUUUUCACUGUGACCAGUGCAGCUAUAGCUGCAAGCGCAAAGACAAUCUGAAUUUGCACAAGAAACUCAAGCACUCGCCACGCCAGACCUUCAGCUGCGAAGAGUGUCUGUUUAAGACCACACACCCCUUUGUGUUCAGCCGUCAUGUCAAGAAGCACCAAAAUGGUGAAUUCUUGGAAGAGGAGAAGAAAGCCCAGGCUUCAAACCUGAAGGAGAUUACCCCAUUACUCACCGUUAAUGACUCUAGGAGCCUGUUGUCCCCACUCUCGGUCAUGUCUGCCUCGCAGGCUCUACAAACAGUGGCCAUGUCUGCUGCUCAAAGCAGUGGCGUGGAGACACAUUUAGCACUUAAAGCCUUUACAGUAAACGGUAUCUCACCAUGCUUUGAUAGAUACCAGAACUCCGAGUUUGCUCAUCUCAUUCCCUUAACAAUGCUUUUCCCUCAGAAUCAUUGUGACGUCACAUUCCAUCCACCCAGACCUCAGACGGCACCCCCCGGUGUCAGUACACCGAAGCACUCCUUCCUUGCUUACCUUGGACUAAUAGAAAGGGCAGAGACUGUUUGAGGACACCCUUUACCUUAUCCCAGAAACCCAGCAGGUAUACGUUGCUGCAAAAUAUAGGUUUGAAAGGUAUGAAAUGUGUACUGUAUAUCAUUAGCAAGAUUAGUUAAUGGGCUGUGUGUGUAUACCUAAAACAUUUACAUAAAAAGCUGCUUAAUUAAGUCUUGAGAGAGGUAACCUACUGCAUACUUCUACAUAUCACGAGUCUACAUAUAUGCCUCAACCUAAAUCCAAUGCUUCUGAUGGAAGUCCACCACUGUCUGCACCUAUAAAAUUGAAUGUUCU